AGAAGAAAUAUUUCUUCCCGUCUCGUCCCGUGAUGGUGAUCCCGCGGGAUCCACAGAUAGCGGGGAGAAUUCCCAUCCCUACGUCCCGUCUUAUAAAUCAAGAGAUUUCAGUGUGAUCCAGACUUCCAGAGUUGAGUAGAUAGACAGAAUGGCGAAAAUGAAUUUCAGCUCUGCUUCGAUUUUACUACUCUCGGUUCUUUUCACAGUAUGUAUGUCACCAUCGAAACUCGUUUUCGCCAUUCCUGAUUUCUUGCUAGAUCUAAUUACUGGUUUGAUGUCGGAAUCUAAAGUUCUGGUUUCAUUUUCUUCUUAGCUUCUGCUGAGAAGUCCGGCGACGUAAAUGAACUGCAAAUCGGCGUUAAGUUAAUUCAACUUUUUCCAUUUUCUUGAUUUUCUUUUUGUAGGUUUACAUUUAUUUUUUCUAGAUAAUACGGUGAAAAACUUAGCAAUGAAUUCUUACUAAUUGUUUUUCAUUUAAAAUGUUCAUCAUAGAGCACAUCUUGACAGGAAUAAGACUUUAAUUUGUUUAGAAUCAGAUGUUUCCUCGGAUCUGCUGGAUACGAUUCAUGUGUAUGUUCUGAAACAUGAGCUUUUUACUCUUGUAGUUGUCAGCUUCUCGUUUGAUGCAUUUUGUUUACAGAUGAUUAAGCUCAGUUCGCUGUUUUCAUUUUGUCGUUGUUGCUCACCUUUUCGUUUACUCGUACCAUUCACAGCAUAAGCCUGCAUCCUGUGAACAUCAAACUCAUAAAGGUGACAGAAUCAAAGUACACUAUCGGGUAUAACAGGACAGACAAUGCUAUUAGCAUGGUAAGAAUUCAAAAUUUUGUCUUUUUUCCCUGAUAUGUAAAACUGAUUGACUGAUUGACAUUUAUCUCCAACAAAAGGGCUUGUUGUGUGUCUUGCUUGUACUUGUAUCACCAUUUCAUCAUAAAAGUUUAUUCUUUCAUUUUGAAAAAAUAUUAUCAGAGUUGUCUCCUUGGUUUACAUCAGUCAUUUAUCUUUGCAGAGACAACUCAUUGAUGGAAAUGUUUUUGAUUCCAGCUUUGAGAGGGGUGAUCCUAUUGAGUUUGAGCUUGGUAGUGGUCAAGUAGUCAAAGGUUUGUGUGAGUGUGGGGAGGAGGGGAUGUGACUUCAGGCUGCUUUUGCAAAACUUAGUCAUAUUGGUUUUUUUGCUUUUGAGGCUUCGUUGCUGAUGUUAUUGUUCAAACCUCUCUUUGUUGGAUGGGACCAAGGAUUGCUAGGAAUGUGUUUUGGUGAGAAGCGUCAGUUGAAAAUACUUGCAAAACUUGCUUAUGGACCACAGGGUUCCCUGCCAACCAUCCCAGGUGGAGCAACUCUAAUAUUCGACACAGAGCUUGUGGCAGUUAAUGGGAAGACAGCAAGUGGGGAAAAUGCUAGUGACAGUGAGAUAUAGUCAUUAAUCUAGGGAAGCAGUUUAUUCUUGUCUAUUUUCUUUAGCUAAAAUACAAUUAGGAUUCAGGGGCAUUUGGAUUAGACUGAAGAUAGUUACCAAUAAUCCUUCUUCAUUAGCCUUAUUGUUUUGGUGGAAUUUUGGAGUAUUUUGGUAAUUGGGUAACCUUUUCCUACCAUGGCAAUUAUAGUGCUUUCGAGAUGUAACGUGGUUUCCUGUUUUAUGAUUUUGGGUUUGUUUGGGUCCUUCGGGAUUGUUAUCAAUGUUAAAAAAAGGUACCAUGAAGUAUGAAAGCAAUGGUAAUAAG